UGCUUUAAGCUGCGGCUCUGAGAGAGCAGAAGGUGUGGGAUAUUUAAGAGUUUCAGAACCACGAUCCGCCUGAACAGCGACCGGCUCCUGCAGCACUGCCCAGCUUCGGAGUACAGCCUAAUGAACCCUAAACGACUGAGCCAACGACAGAUCACUGUCGGAUGAACCCUGGAGAUCACCACUGACGCGCCGCCGCUCCGACGAUUCUGCUCAUCCAGCGAUCUUGUGAACAUAAUAGAGAUGGAAGAUGAUCGCCGGUUUCACAAACUGACACAAGAACAGGUGGAGACUUUGGACCAAGUUCUUACAGAGGUCAUUCCCAUUCAUGGUAGGGGUAAUUUCCCAACCCUUGAAAUCAAGCCUAAAGACAUAAUCCAUGUGGUCAGAGACAGAUUAAUUUUGAAGAAGAUCAAGGUGAGAGAUGUCCGUCUCAAUGGCUCUACAGCCAGUCAUGUGCUGGUCAAAGAGAAUGGCACCAGCUACAAAGACUUGGAUAUCAUCUUUGGUGUGGAGCUUCCCAAACCGGAGGACUUCCAGAUUAUCAAGGAGGUGGUUUUGGGCUGUCUGCUGGACUUUCUACCUAAAGGUGUCAACAAAGAUAAGAUUACAGCUCUCACCAUGAAAGAGGCAUAUGUACAAAAAAUGGUCAAGGUCUUCACUGAGCAUGACCGUUGGAGCCUUAUCUCCCUUUCAAACAACAGCGGUAAGAACGUGGAGCUCAAGUUUGUCAACUCUCUACGACGCCAGUUUGAAUUCAGUGUGGAUUCAUUUCAGAUCAUCCUGGACAGUAUGCUACAAUCUUAUUUGGAUGCUGAAAGGAGGAAGAUUGUGGAAGGACAAGAGGGCCAAGACUCUUCUUUAGCUCAAAGUCAAGGAAUUCAGACAGCCCUAAUGGAUGAACCACUCCUCAGCUCUUGUGAAACAGGGCAUCACCAGGAAAGUGACAUCAACAUGUCCUGCAAAACUGAUGAUAUUCAGACUUUUCGUGACUCUCAGUGUUAUUGUAAAACGAGUCAGAAAGAGCAGUCUAAAUGUUCAGAACAAGAACCAACACUUGAAACAAACAAAGAUGUUGAAACAGAGAUGGUUCAAACCACAACUACGCCUGUAUCUAUGGAGCAAGUAUCAGAGCACUCUGUAAUGGUGCAUGUGGAGGAAAAGGAUGAACUUCAUGAAAAUUUGCAAACUGAGACACUGCUCGAAGUAAAUGCAAAUGAAACUGGUAUGGACUCAGGGGAGGGAAAUGAACUAGUUGGGGUAAAAACUAUGUCUGUUAAGGAAACAAAUCCCAACGUUAAAACUUAUAUUCAUGAAACAGAUUCUGACAAAACAGAAUACAUGUUAGACAUAGAGCCAGAUAAAUCCCAACCAUGGCUUGAAAUGGUACAUACAGACUUUUCUUGUCUUUCAACAACCGGGACCUUUGGUGAGCGAUGCACAUUCCAACCUGCUCCCAUUACAUUUCUUACACAAUCAGCACUAGAAUCAUAUGCGGAGUAUCCUUUACCACCCCCUGCCAAGAAAAACAGCCAAAAUUCACAAAUGGUUGUUCUCAAGCAUUCCUCACCCAAACCUCCUCGGAAAAUGUCAAAAAAGAUAACUCUUGUACAGAGUUCACCAGAAAAAUCAGUGUCAAGUAAUUCCGAUGUUAAUACUUGUCAGGUUUUGCAUCCACCUAAAGCUUACCCAAAUGAAUCAUUACCUAUGCAGGUUAAAAUGUCAGGUCUUACCACAAAAAGCUUUGAAUUAUCCAGUGCCUCAGAAAAUGACUCUAACGAGUCUAAAGAACUAGCCAAUUGUACCAGAGCUUUUACUGUUGCUGCUCCAGAGAAUGGUAUGCAUUCAGAAAAGACAUUGUACACGAGUCUAUCACCAGAGGAAAGCCUUCAAAGUCGAGAGCAAACUUCAGAACCAGAAACUGGUGAAGCAACUCACGUCACUAUUCUAAUUCCUACGUCCAAUCCCAAUAAUCUCCCCAAAGAUCAAAACAGGAUAAACCAGGCUUUUAAUGAAAGUGUUCAGACAGCACAGUGUCAGGCAAUGGUACCUCUUAUUAAUGUGAAUUCUGAGCCUUUACUUCAGGCAAAUGACAGUUUUGACCUCAACUCAGCCUCUCCCAAAAAUAAAGAUAUUGAGCCUUUUGCUCAAGUUGAUGAUGCCACAUCACCAAAAUAUCUUACUGAACCCUCAGAAUUAGUCACUAUGGCAACAAAUUGUGCCUCUCAAAUGCUAAAACCACUGUCUGCAGACCUUACUAUUGACUCACAAAAGGUAGGGACUAAUUCAUCAGGCUCUGAACAUGUUAUAUCACCUCAAGUUCACAACUACCCCGUGUCCACUCUGCAGACUCAGGAACUUCUUGUGCCAAGUCCACAGACUAAAGAACCUCCAGAACUAUUAUCACUUGUCUCAUUACCACAAGUUCAAAGCCUCACAGUUUCAGCACCACAUUUGUCAAAGCCACUAGAACCUUCCAUAUCCUCAACAACAAAUCUAGAAUCUUCAAGAAGCUCAGAACCUGUUUUAGAACCAUCUGUUAUGUCUCUGAAUGUCAUAGACCCCUCUGAAGUAUUCUGUGAAGUCGCAGAACCAUCUGAACCACUUUCACAGGGUUUGAAACCCUCUGCAGCAUCGAUGUUGCAUACAUUAGAAACAUCUAUGUCAUCAGUAAGUGAGGAGGUGGAUUCCAAGAUAUCAGACCCAUCAGCUUCAGACAUUAACGAGCCCAUACGCCCUUCAAAAGAGCUGCCUUGCAUUACAGUGUUGGCUGAGAGCAUGUAUGGUGACUUUGAGCAAGCUAUGGACCACCUACGUUACCGGCUAAUAGCGACACGCAACCCUGAAGAGAUCAGGGGUGGAGGCCUGCUCAAGUACAGUAAUCUGCUUGUCCGGGACUUCAAACCUGCCUGUGAAACAGAAAUUAAGACUCUUGAGCGCUACAUGUGUUCACGUUUUUUUAUUGACUUCCCUGAUGUGAAUGAGCAGCAGCGCAAAAUUGAGUCAUACCUGCGCAACCACUUUAUUGGAGAGGAGAAAAGUAAAUACGAUUACUUGAUGACCCUUCGGAGAGUGGUCAAUGAGAGCACUGUGUGCUUGAUGGGGCAUGAACGACGUCAGACUCUCAAUAUGAUUACCAUUCUAGCACUUAAAGUCCUGGGUGAGCAGAACAUCAUUCCCAAUGCCAAUAACGUUACCUGCUAUUACCAGCCUGCACCAUACAUGACAGACCACAACUUCAGUAACUAUUACAUUUCAAAUGGCCAGUCCCCACUGAUAUACCACCCCUAUCCACUACACAUACACAUGCAGUCUGGAUUAGUUUAGGUCUAAGUACAUUACGUAGAUGGGAAAAUGCACAGGGAAAUCUCUGAAUCUUGCAACCUUAAAAAUAUCCAUCACAAAUUAUCUACCCUUAAGUAUGUGUCCCAACA